AAGAAAAAUUACCAGUAUUCAGAAAAGGAUCAAAAUUCAUCCAGCAUAAUUAAGUUUUUAAAUACCACUGUGUCCAAGUUCUCUAAGAAAGGUUCUUCUCAGAUAGCGAAUCACUUAGAACUGUAUGAAUCCACUAUGGAUUCUUUAAAAUUAUACUCUGAUGCUGACAGAAUCAGAUUCCUUCCAUGGGCAUUUGAUGAUAAAUAUCGUCAUUACUUUACCUCUUUUAGGGAGAGAGGAAUUCAAGAUUGGCCAAGUGUUUUGCAUGAAGUUAAACUGGAAUUCGGACCUUACCGAACCAUUACUGCUGCAAAACGGGACAUAUAUAAGCUUACAUGUAGGCCCAAUCAAAGUCCCCGUGAAUUCCUCUCUAUCCUUAAAAAUGCCUAUGGGUUAGCAUAUAGAUCCCCAAACUGGGAAUCUGAAGAGUUUAAGCAGCUGUUCUAUGACGCUAUGCCAACCCAGAUCAAACUUAGCCUAGCCAGAGAUCUGGAUAUUGAAGCUCCCUUGGAUAGGUUGGUGACGGCUGCCACCACGCUGUAUAAUAUCAGUGAAUGCCAUGAAACAGGUGAGAGAAGAUUUAAAAAAUCCCCAGAGCAAAAUAUAGCUGAAGCUAAGGUAAACCCUAGCUUGGGAUUUGAAACACAGCCACGUAAGUAUUCUCAGUCUACAGGUCCUGUCCAACAAACCCAGCAAACACAGGUAAGACCCAAGCAAACCAAGCCCCAAAAUCCCAACGGGUCAGAGGGGGAUAAUUCUGGUGCUGGGAGGUCUAACUACCGUCCAUAUUACAAUAAUGGUCCCCAAUAUAGGUCCUAUUACAAUAGGGAUUCCCAGGGUUACAGACGCUGGAAUAACAGGCCCAGACAACAGAGGGAAGAUAGGCAGGAACCCUUAAACUCACCUAGGAGUAGGUCACCCACCAAUAAUCAGGGCGCCUCACAAAACCAAAAUAUGCGCAAACCAAACAGUCUAAUCGUGUCGAUCCCUGCGACCAUGCAUCUAUUCCAGAGUGUGAUCCCAUCAUUCCAGCCUCUUGUCAUGAAUCAGCUGUAA